UCACCUGCGACCUGCCCUGCAGAAGAACGGAAGAUGGGGCUGCUGCGCAACGGCGCCAUCCCGGUGGAGUACCAGGUCGCGAUGACGUUGCGAUGGCUCGCGGGGGGGUCCAUCUACGAGUGCAUGGACGGCCAUGUCAUCGCGAGGAGUACGGCAUACCACGUAACGUCGACCGUGAUCAACGCCCUGAAUGCCUGUCCGGAGUUGAACUGCAAGUGGCCAGAGGGUGAAGAUGCUGCCGGAGCCGCCGAGCUUUUCCGCAACCGCAGCUCUUAUGGAUGUCGUCCGGAAGUGCGUGGGAGCCAUGGAUGGCUUGUUUGUCCGGAUGAUCAAGCCGAGCGCGAAGGAGGUCGCAGAGCCCAACUUAUGUUACAACGGGCACAAGAAAGGCUUCGGCAUGAACUUCCAGGUGUGUAUGUCCAGAUACAUGUGUAGAUUGUUUCCUUGGUCGGCGGCCUAUCCUGAUGCCAGGUGCGUUUUGCCUGCAAAGCAGCGACGGACGUACAUGUGCUGGGGGGGUAACAUCGGUUCAGUACAGCAGUAUUCAUACAUACCUCCGGGUGCGGUUGUGCACGAUAGCUCGAACGAAGCUUCCAAGUGUAUUUUUCCACUCCCCAACGCACAGGAUUCAUCAAAGGGUGCGCACUUUGUAGGUAGCAGUGUUGUGAGGCGCGUCAUGGGCGCAUAUUUUUGUGCGCAGGCUGGAAUGGGCCUCAUUGCUACUACUACUACUACUG